UAAAUUUUUCCCGAUUAGCCGGCCGGCAGGGCGGGGAGUGACAACGAGCAAUGUUUAGUUGCUUGCCGCAACUGCAGUGUUCACUUUAAAUUACGUUAUGGUAGAAGAUAAAAAGCUAUAAAUUUUCAUUAAUAUUACUUAUAUUGAUUAAUUCAACAGAAACAGCAGGAUGGCUCGUCUAGACUUAAUAAUUUUCGGUGCGACGGGUUUCACGGGCAAGCAAGUCGUCAGGGAGCUGGCUGGUAACGUAAUUGAAAACUACCCUGAUUUGAAAUGGGGCGUCGCGGGUCGCUCACUCACCAAACUUGAUGCCAUGCUUCAAGAAAUAUCCACUAAAAUCGACGUAGAUAUAACGUCAGUGAAGAAGUUCGAAGCUAACGUCAAGGACGCGGAGUCGCUGAAGGAGAUGUGCUCAAAGUGCAAGGUGCUGGUGAACUGCUGCGGGCCCUACCGCCUGUACGGCGAGCCCGUCGUGCGCGCCGCGCUCGCCGCGCGGGCGCACUACGUCGACGUCUGCGGGGAGCCGCAGUUUAUGGAAAGAAUGCAACUGGAGUACGACACGCAGGCGCGGGAGGCCGGCGUCUACAUCAUCAGUGCCUGCGGCUUCGACAGUAUCCCCAACGACUUAGGGGUCAUUUACCUCCAGCAGAACUUCUGUGGCACGCUUAACUCCGUGGAGUCGUAUAUCUCAACAAGUAACGACGUCGAGACGCAAGGUUUGAUCAACUACGGCACUUGGGAGUCGCUAAUAUACGGUUUGGCGCACUACAAAGAGCUUCCUGCUCUGAGAAAGAAGUUGUACCCGGACAGCUUGCCGCCGUUGCAGCCUAAACUGAAGCGCAGGGCGCUGGUGCACCGGCGCGGGCGGCUGUGGUGCGUGCCGUUCCCGGGCGCCGACGCGUCGGUGGUGUACCGCUCGCAGCGCCGCCUGCGCGCCGCCUCGGCCGCGCGGCCCGCGCAGAUCAAGACGUACGCGUGCUUCCCGUCGCUGGCGGCGGCGCUGGCGGCCGUGCUGCUGGCCGGCCUGCUGCUGCUGCUCAGCCAGUGGGCGGCCGCGCGCCGCCUGCUGCUGCGCCACCCGGAGCGCUUCUCGUGCGGCCUCGUCACGCGCGCCGGCCCGCCCGAGCGCGCCAUGCGCGACACGCGCUUCGCGGUGCGCCUGUACGGCCGCGGCUGGCCCGUCGGCGCCGACCUGCGCGCGCCGCCCGACCGCGACCUCUGCGUGCAGGUGUCCGGCGUGAACCCCGGCUACGGCAUGACUGCGCUGGGCGUGCUGUUCUCCGCUCUCACCAUUUUAAACGAGAAGGACAAAAUGCCCGAGUGUGGAGUGCUGACCACCGGAUAUGCGUUCAAGGACACCAGCAUCAUUCAGCUACUCGACGAAAACAAUAUUAAAUUCGAAAUGAUUAAUCGUUACGAUUAAAUAAUUUGAUUUUAAUGUUUAAUAUUAAGUCAAAAUCUAUAUCAACAUUCCUCAUUGACGUACGACAAAUUCAUCGGAAAAUUAUGUAUUUUGUAACAACGGUUUCUUUAGCAAGAAGCAGGAAGCAAACGAGUGAUAUUGUAUCCAAUAUAGAGGGUCUAAGAGUGAAUAUUUCGUAUUGGAAAAAUAAAGAUUAAAAAAAAAAGUUUUGGAUAUUUCUAUUUAGAAAGAGGUUUUGACAUGAGUUUUGGGGGAAAUACCAAAUUAAAACACUGUAUCGAAAUGCAGUGUUGCUAAUGUUGUAAUGUUAUCUACGGAAACUUAUGUCAGUUCCAUAUAUUUUGGUAGUAAAUGGAUUUAUCUGCGCAUUAUAUUGGCCUAUUUAACGAUAUUGUCAUAUUAAGCAUAAAAUCGAGAUGGUCCAUUGAUUAGAUGGUCCAUGAUUCCGAAUUAUGACAAACAACGAGUAUGUCAACACUUUGAAAACAACAAUGAUUGGUUGUAAGAAAAAACUACCGCGUCAAUGAGAUACGUGGGUUUAAAUAUAUAUAUUUGUGUCUAUUUAUAAAAAUUAAUCAUAUUAAUAAAAAAUACAUACAAAAAAAUAUAAUACCCAUAAUAUAUUUUAAUAUAAGCGUUUAGAAUUUUAAUGUCUCUACUGUAUAUUGUAUACGACGCUGAUUUUAAUAAGACUUAAAUAUUGUGAAGAUAUAUAUUAUCUUACCUCUAUAUCUAUUCUAUAUAUCCAAAGAUGUUAUUCAUAGUAUAAUAAUCUAUCCUUUAUGUUAGAUUUAAGGGCAUUCCACGAAACGAGCUCCUAAAGGAAACUGCUCGUCUGUUUUCAUUGGUCAAUGCGCGUGACCUUGAUUGGCCAAUUUCUAAGAAUGUAAAAUUUAUCUCACUUCGACCAAUGAGGUGCGAGUGUUUUGCUCCUUAGUAGUUCGACUCUUGGAAUGGAGAUUGAGUUUGAUAUUUUACCAAAGAAGUUUCACUUCAACAAUGUUUGUUUAAUUCUGGUGCUUUUGAUAUUAAAACAUUGUGGUGUUUUUUUAUUAUUAAGUUUAAAGGGUGCGUAUGCCAGUGUAACUUGUAGUUACACUUGCUCACUUCAAACCGAAGGUAAGGAAGGUAAACUGAGAUGGGCUUGCACAAAGCCUUAGUAAACUGCGUUUUGUUAUUUUUGAAUUAUUUAAAUAUAUCGAUGUCCAUUUAGGUAUGUAGGUACAGUUUCUGUGGAUUGUUUUUAAGGAGUACUAAUAAUAUCGGUGAUUAUCAUUGUUAAGGCUUGAAUUUAUUUAUUGAUUAUAUAAUUACAAUACAUUUUAAUUUAUUAUAUGAUGUCGCGACUGAUUUAGCAUGAAAAAUCCUAACAUAUUUUGAUAAAUUUGAUAAAUAGCAACGUUGUCCGUUUAACAAAUAUUGCUAUGUAUUUAUUUUCAGGAUAUACUUAAGAAAAAUAUAAAUCAACGUAAUAAAUUGAUGAAUUAUUUCCUUGAAUUUGAUAUAAUUAUAGUACUAUUUUUUUUUAACUUAAAUGUCUACAUGGUUAGGACAAAGAAAUAUACGGUGGUAAAAUGGUAUCCUUUGUUUUUAUUUAAGUCCAUGUACUUUACGUUGAUUCUACUUGUGUAAGCCAAUCUCCACCAACUACCACUGGAAUAGCGUGGUCGAAUAAGCUCUAACUUCUCAAAGGAAGAGGAGGUCUUAGCCCAGCAGUGGGGCGUUUACAGGCUGUUGCUAUGCUUUUUCCUUUUUAUUAUGAGUAAGCAAGUGUUCUGUUAAUAUGAUUGUUUUCAACUCAUAAAAUUAGUUAAGACUAAGUGUUAAUGUAGAGAAUAUAUUUAAAUGGUCAUGAAAUAAAAAAAUGUCUUCA